CCAACCAACGUAUGUUUGCUUGCUUCACUCACACAUGAUCAUCAGAUUGUCAUUGCUGCUAGAUUGUUGUUGCUGGCUGGCUGAUGCCUUCACGGUCGAAAUAAACUUUCUGACUAUUUUUUGAAGAUUGACUAACAACAAUUCAAAUAUUGGAGAUAGGUUUAUAACUUGCAAUGGCAGAGGAAAAUCGCCCAACGUCCGUGUCACAAACGAUCGAUGACGAUGAGUGCGGUUCCUUCAUCGUAGUACACCGCUGGUCCAAUGAUCCUGCUGAAGUGGUUGGUGACAAGCAGCAAAAGUUGGAUAAGUUGGAUGAGCAUCACCAGGAACAAUUGGAUGACGGUGAAGAAGGUGACGAACAGUUCAGCGACGCUGCAGCUGAUCUUGGGUCCUCUGAAACUCUUGUCUCGCCAAACUUGAUGAUGAGCAUUGAAGAUCAGCAGCGUCAAGCAGGUGACGGCCCGAGUCAUGAACCCGACCCGAUUGAAAAAACUGCAUCAACCACUGAGCCACCAAUAUCGUCACUGAUGGCUGCAAGUCAAGAAGGUGCAAUGAUGAUGCAAGACGACGAACGGUUCUCAAUGACAAACUAUUCGACGGUAUCGAGCAACUCGGAUCAGCAAGAGUUACAAGAGUUACAGGCGAAAUUAACGCAAGUAAUUUCUGAUCAUCGGUGUCUUUACGAGCUUCUGGAAAAACAAAACUUGGAACUGGAACAGCGGAAGAUCACAAUUGAAGAGUUGAAAUUACUGGCAAAUGAGAGUGUUUUGCGAGAAAAAGAGAAAUCAGAAGUAUCCCGCAAAAUUGUUGAAAAGAUGACGGCAGAACGAGAUCUUGCUAUCCAAGAAUUGCAUGCCCGCAUUGCAGCUUCUUCUGACUCUUCUGGAUUCGAGGCUUUGGAGACAUUGGAAUCCCAACUUAAGCAAAGGGAGCAGAUUUUGAAGCAAAAUGACGAACAGAUUAAAGAAUUGUCAACUCGUUUGCAUCAAGAAAUUAUCAGGCGUGAGGAAUUGGCCCAGUUACUUCAGAUGAAGGAGGAUGAGGACAGAAUUAAGAGGGAUUCAUUGUCCAGCUCGGAUGAAGCUCUAGCUAAAAGUCUUAGUGAACGAGAGAGAAUGGAGCAAAUUCUGGAAGAAGCUAUGAAAUCAAAACGAGAAUUACAACAAGAAACUGUAACUUUGAAACAACAACUUGAAAUAACCACAGCUGAUAACACUCGUUUGCAAACUAUCUGUCAAAAGUUGGAAACCCGAUUCGCAGAAGGCGAUGCUGAUAAUCGGGAAAUGCGGAUUAAACUGGCUGCACUGGAAGCUGAAACAGAGCGCCAGAUUGAGAUGAAUAACCAACAGAUUUCUAAAACUGAAACUCUUGAAGACGAGAAAUCUACGUUGCUUCAGGAAUUACAAGGCGUAACUGAGAUGCUUCAAGUUCGAACAACUGAGUUGCGUGAGAUUCGAGAGCAAACUCACCAACAAGCAGGAGGCAACUCGUCAAUGACUGGUUCUAUUGCUGGGAAUUUGUUUGGUGGAAUUGGUGGAUUGUUUAAAAAACCAUCGAAACCCACCAACGCAACAGGAGCAAGAUUCUACGGCAUGAGGGAUGCAAACGAUGACCCGAAUGAGCCAUUUCAUGAUGUGGGGGCCCAAGCAACUCACGCAAUUUCUCCAGGAAAUCAGUGCCCAAUUUGCCUUAAACGAUUCGACAAUCUUCAAAAAUUGGAAUACCAUGCAUCAAACUGCGGAGUCGAAAGCGCAAUGAAUACGGACCCCUUUGUUUUCCCAUAAAAAGCACCAUUGCUGAAACAUGGAUUUAUUUAUCCCAAUAUUUAGUGUUUGAGAUCGUUAGAUGCAUUUUAACUUCGUUUCUCGUGUUUAUAUGUAUGUAUUGGUACAAUUUGGAUUUGUAGUUUGACUUCUUUCUACCCUCUUAUUAUAGAUAGAAGUAUUUGAAACAGUUUUAAGGGCUAAUGUUUUCUAAAGCUUUGCAGUUUUAUUUCAAGAUUUCCAUGCUUUAAAUUUGAAUUAUUUGGAUUAUUUAUUUCAGCCAUUUUUUUGUGUACAUAAUUUUUCUGCAAACUAUUCUUUUUUCUCUUCUGGACUGAUGUGAAUGUGAUUACAUAUGCAACUUACAAAGUUUGUUAUUCAAUGUACAACUCCUUAGAUUCCAUAAGUACUAAUUUUCAAUAUAUCUUUGUUAGUUUUUUAGCUAACUAGGUGGUAACAAAUCUAUAUGCAAUUAUUAUACAACAAGUAGUUCCUUAGUAUUUCAUUUUUCAGUGCAAUAAUUACUUGUUGCAAGUAAUGAUGUAUGGAUAUGUAAUAUAUGGUGCCAACGACAAAUCGCAUUUCCGCAACGCGACAACGAUUACGCAAAGUGACACCGAGAAUUACAGUUACGCAUAUUCUUAAUUAAUGAUUUAUAGACGGUUUAAAUUACAAGUUAGAAUUAUUGCCCAUAUUUUAAUGAAUUUAUAACUAAUAAAUAAAGAUUAAUUAAAUGAUUCA